AUGUCUGCCAAUCCGCCAAAAGCUUUUGCUUUCAAGCAAUCUGCAUUGGCAGAAAAAGCAGAUAAGAUUUGGUCGGAAAGUGAGUUUGUGCUGUUUUUCAUACAAUCACGUGCCAUUUUCAGGCAAAAACGACUUUUCUGCGACGCACACCACUGUCAACCAUGUUCAACUCGAAAAGAAGUCGCUGGGCGACUUUGUCCCUAAACAAACCACUAAAGAGAAGGUAAGUUGCGAGCACCUACAAAUUUUGCUGAAAAUUAUCUCUCAGGAAUCCGAGGACUCUACCUCCCCACAACCGUUCGUUUUGGAUCCAAGAUUGCUGAUCGUGUGGUCAAGAAGGAGGAUAGCGCUGUGAAACCAGCCGCCUCUAACGAGAAGACUCUGAGCGCAACAGAAUUGUUCAAAACUGCUGUAAAAAAAGACGAUGACGUCAGUUUAAUCUAAUCUCUCAAAACUGAAGUUAAUUUUGGCUGUUACAGAAAAAAACGGUGCAAAGAAUUUCCGAGAGGAGGCGGAGCAAGAAGCGGAGCGAGCUAAAGAAGCAGAGAAGCAGCACGCGGGAACCAGUGCUGUCGAGGUGACAACUGGAGAGGAAGCUGAUACUAAAAUUUUCCAGGUAAUCUAUGUUUUUCAGUGGAUAUGUCGAUAACAAGAAAUUUGCAGGCUAUGUCAAAGAUUUGGGUGUUUGACAAAACUAAAAACGCCUAUACUGAAAAAGGAAUGUGCACUUUACGGAUCAACAAACGAGUCGAAAACGGUCUGACGCAUCAUCGCAUUGGCAAGUGCUUUUUCUCUCAAUUUUCUCACACUAAAUAUGGUUUUCAGUUGCGAGAACAUCUGGAACCCUCCGUGUCAUCAUAAACUCCAAGGUUUUCUCUGAUAUGCUUCUGGAGCGAGUCGGAGAGCGCAGAGUCAGAGUAAGUUGUAUCUGGGAUUUAGCUAAAGAUUAACUAAAUUCAUUUUUCAGAUUUCUGCAAUGGGACCCGAAAUUCCGGGAGUGCAGAUUUUCCUGCUCACUAUUGGCUACACGAAAACGGAAGUAGUUUCCGAAGCUGAAAUCUUCUUCAGCAUAAUGGGCGAUUUGCUGAAACUUGAAAAGGGUGAAAACAGCCGGAAGCGAAAAGCCGAGUGCGAUUUGAAUGCAUCGUCUGUCAAAAUCAGAGAUGGGAAAGAAGGCGAGGAUGGUGAGCAGGAUCAGCUCGAUGAAGGUUUCGUUAUUGUGGAUAAGCCGACUGAAGAGGAAGUCAACGCCACGGAGCAGGAGGAGUCGACGACCGGAAAUAACGAACCAUCGACCGAUUCUAGUGUUUGA